AUGUCCGGUCUACCUUACCUCCAGAAACUGCGCAAGAGCGAUCUUACCGAGUUCGCCGAGACCAGCAAGUUGCCUGACUAUAUUGGUUUGAAAAAGUCCGAACUCGAAGUCGCGCUCGACGAACAUUUGCGCGCCAACUCCUCUACCUACAGCAAGAAUCCAUCGUUGAGCGAGUACUACAAGCGCCUGGCAAGCAGUUCCCGAUCACCCAGCAAGAAGCUGGCAGAGAAGGUUUCAGACACUGUCAAAUCCGAUGAAGAUGCUCCUGCCCCUGCGAAGAAGGUGCGGCGCAAGACUGUUUCGCCAACCGAAGAGACCACCGACACGGACUCUCCAACCACUGCGGUCGUCAAAGCUCCUGCGAAAGAGGUCGCACGUCGUUCUUCCAUCUUGACCUCUCCAAUCCCUCUACCACCAUCUCCAGCGGUUGUCACGGAUGCUAUUGACCAGCAAACGCGUCGCCUUCGGACCUCAAUCUCGCAUGCAUAUGAACAAACCCAAAUCACCGAGUUCGCUGAUGCUACACGCGACCUUCUCUCAUCGCCUUUGGCUCUCAGUGUCAUCGCCAUUCUCCUCGAGGGAUACGGGCUUCGCGCCCAGAUUCUCCCCAACAAGCUGUUGACCGAAGUGCCCGCCAUUCCAUACGUCAAGUCCACCAAGACUCCAAUCAACGUGCCCGAUCUAUUUCUGCUCUUGGAUUCCAAGUUCUGGAGCCCCUUUUCUCUCUGGACUCUCACGUCAUUCAUUCUUCCGGCCUUGAUCUCCUACUUUAUCAAUCUACCCCUCAAGGCCCAUCCAAGUCACACUUACACGACUCGACGAGCCACCCUUCAAGCAAAUGCUCAAAUGCAAUUUGAUCCCUUCAUCUUCAAUCUCGCCAAGGGUUUGAUUGCAUACUUGGUCUACGCUCAACAUUUCAGCCUCGGCGGCCUCUAUCAACACUUCACCAUUGCCACCGUCAACGAAGCCAUCCCCGGUGGUUAUGUUGCAAUGCUGACCAGUUCCGGUCUCGGUGCGGCUGUGAGCCUGUACGAAGCUGUGUUGAAGAAAUAG